AUGUCUCAAACGUUUAGUAGCCCGCCCCCAUCCGUCCCCGACGUGCUCAUCACCUCGCCUGUCCCUCAUGUCCUCCUCGCCACACUCAACCGUCCCAAGGCCCUCAACGCCAUGCAGCGCGAGAUGCACUACCGCCUCGACAAGCUGUGGUCCUGGUUUGAUGCCGAGCCAACGCUCCGCGUCGCUGUGCUGACGGGGUCCGGACGCGCGUUCUGCGCGGGCGCGGAUCUAAAGGAGUGGAACGACAAGCACAAAGACGGACAGACACAAGAGCCUCAAACAGUGGAGAAGUGGAACGAGAAUGGAUUUGGAGGACUCAGCAACCGACGAGGCAAGAAACCCGUCAUUGCAGCUGUCAAUGGCCUAUGUCUGGGAGGAGGCAUGGAGAUUGCCAUCAACUGUGACAUGGUCAUUGCCCACGAGAGCGCCCAGUUCGGCCUCCCCGAAACCAAGAUUGGCGUUGUCGCCCUCGCGGGUGCACUGCCCAGGCUGACGAGGCUUGUGGGACGGGCGAGGGCUUCAGAGAUGGCGUUCACGGGCAGAUCGUACCCGCCCACGACGAUGCUGGACUGGGGCGUCAUCAACAAGAUUGUCAAGGGGGACGUGGUACAAGAGGCGCUGAAGUGGGCCGGCGAGGUGGCCAACAACUCGCCCGACUCGAUCAUUGUCAGUCGCGCUGGCAUCCUGAGUGGCUGGGCGCCCGAGGAUCCGCAGGACGCCACGAGGCGAGUCGAGUUUGGCAUCUACAAGGAGAUGGAUGGCGCGCAGAACAUGAAGGAGGGCGUGCUGAGCUUUGUGGAGAGGAGGAAGCCCGUCUGGAGAGACAGCAAGCUCUAA